UGGGGGUUUGGUAGAAAUUUAUGCCAAGCAGAGCAGUUGGGAAGACAGCAUUGACGUUCCUGGCUUUGAAAUUUCAAACCCAAUGGAGCUCCGCCUGAGUCCAUCCCCAGAUACUGCAAACCCCUGCAGAGUGACAGAGCGGCAGCGGGUGUUGGCCAAGACCCCUGGCUCCGACAUGGCCACCACGUCGAACCCACUGACGCUGUGGGCCUGCAAAAGGCUUUCCAGGACGGAGCAAAGUGCCGGGAGGUGCUGCCGCAGGGUGGGUGCUGGGGGUCUCCCCACUCUCCAUCCCAACCUGGGUCCCGGAGCUGGCCGGUGCGGUGGCAGGGUUCAAACCAGCCCGCAGGCAGUGGCUGCAUUACACAGCACCCGGCUGCGCACAGGAGGGUGCGACUCUCAGGCAGCACUUACCCACGCGCUCGAUGAGCUUUCACACCAAAACCAUGCGUGCGUUUCUUCCGACAGUGACGAUGACCCUCGCACAAAGUCUCUGCCGGGGCGAAGGUGGCCACAUGCUCCUCUUUUCUACGCUGCCUCCCAGAGCACUUACAGGAUAUCAAGCAGCUGCCCUCCCCAGAGCGAUGGCUGGGCUGGGAGGGCAAAGAGCUCUCUGAAAUCAUCCUUGCACAAUAUUAAUAGCUGGUACUGCUUGAGGCUGUCUCUGCUAUUUGUUUCACUAUGCCUGCCUCAGAGGCCUGUUAGGGACUUGUGGGGAACAAAUAAUAAAGAAUAAAUGGAAUGAUAAAGGUAAGAAGCAGAGCAAUUAGCCAUUACCAGACAGCCCAGGGCAAAGAAGAAAGCCAAGGCAAUGGCGCUGGUGGCACAGCAUGUACUUUUCUUACUCAAGGUGCUCAGUCUGAUAAGGAAAUGAAAGGAAGGUAAAGCGAGGUAAACCGCCGGUAAGGCUGUCUCUCGAGUGAGGUACCAGUCCUUGGCUUCGCCUGGUUGUGACACGGAAGGAGAGGACACCAUGCCCUGACCCUGCAGCCCUCCUGCUCCUUUCUGGGCGAUGCGUAUCUCCGUAUUGGCAGCCGUCCCUGUGCAGCAGGGCAGUAACGCUUGGCUCGUCCCUGUUCGAGUGUAUUUCCCCAUCAACUGGGGCCUUUCGGUCCUUGGCUUCUCUCCUGGGAUCCUAUUCACAAGGAAAUGCCGGGAGACCGUCGGUUAAUUUGAUGUUACCCAUCAGCAAUAAAUUAAUUCCAGGAUGUUUGUGCUCUGCUUGCCCAGGCCUGUCAGCUGGUUCACCUUGAUCAGGAACAUCUUGUCAGCAAAGUUUGUCAGCUUAUCCAUCACUUGCUUAACAGGUUUCAGGUGAUGGUCGAUGAACAGAACUUGAAUUUUCUUCUCUCCUACUGCAUCUCCGCUCUUAAGCAGUGCAGCUCUUGGACACAUGUUGAAAUUCUGCAAGCCUUAGCAGCUCUUGUUUACAAUAAUGGACCUAAAUGUCAGAAAUAUCUCCCGGAUUUGCUGGGCAAGACUGGGCUCUUGGUGCAGUUCAGUGAUUCUGCUCAGCCAGACGUGGAACUCAGGAGGGCAGCAGUACGCAGCAUGGCAAACCUGUGUCUCAGUGUGCCUGGACAGCCAUACUUAGAUGAGUCCUACAGAAGUGUCUGUUUUCAAACUUUUCUAAGUGUUCUGCAGUCUUCAAAAACCUCUGAUGUAGAUGACAUCACUUUUUGCAUGUUACUGCAAAAUGCACUGAAAGGUAUCCAGUCGCUUCUCAAUGGUGGGAAGAUGAAACUAAUGCAAAAUGACCAAAUUGGAUCUCUUCUUGCAGUAUUAAAGAAAUGCAUGUUUCAUGGACUGCCAGGAUUGAGCAUAGAAAUGCCCACAGCCUUGUACCCGGCUCCAUUACCUCAGUAUGAUAAAAGGUCACCCGUCAAACAGGAACAAUCAGAACCGGCCACCUUUAAGCAGUCGGGGAACCGAAGAAAGAAGUCCAAAGGGAAACAGAAGAAGGGAGAGUUUGGGGAAGAAGGAAAAGAAGGUUUGGGUGAUGCAGGAAAUGAAUCAGUCCUUGGAGCAGACAUGCUGAAAUUACACUUGGGAGAUGUGCAGAACAAUCCUUGUUCAGAUCCUCAUACUCGUGCAUCAGAUAUUGCACAUGUGCCUGCUGGAAAGGAUCACUUGUCUUCACAUUAUAAUAGUUGGAAAAGAAUCAGCAGCAGUGAGUCGGAAUAUUCUGAUGCUGAAGGUGGAAUACAGAGCAAAAUGAGAUCUUAUCAAGCCAAUGUUCGUCAAGGGGCUCUAGCCUGUUUCCUCUCUGCUAUAAAAUCAAUAGAAAAAAGAGUUCUUUAUGGCUACUGGUCAGCAUUUGUUCCUGAUGCACCUGGUAUUGGCAGCCCUCAGUCAGUGUCCUUGAUGACUAUUGCUUUAAAGGACCCUUCUCCAAAGACCCGUGCCUGUGCUCUUCAAGUUCUCUCAGCCAUCCUGGAAGGUUCUAAGCAGUUUCUUUCUGUUGCUGAAGACGCUAAUGAUCACAAGAGAGCUUUUACUCCCUUCUCUGUAACUAUUGCUUCUAGCAUCCGGGAGCUGCACCGCUGCCUGCUGCUAGCCCUGGUGGCAGAAUCCUCUUCUCAAACACUGACACAAAUAGUCAAGUGCCUUGCAAAUUUGGUUUCAAAUGUACCUUACAGCCGUUUAAAACCUGGGUUGCUGACAAGAGUUUGGAACCAGAUAAAGCCAUACAUUUGUCAUAAAGAUGUCAAUGUUCGAGUUUCUAGCCUCACAUUAUUAGGGGCUAUAGUAUCUGUCCAAGCACCUUUACCAGAGGUGCAGUUACUUUUGCAACAGCCCAGUUCUUCAGGGCUAAAUAAUAGUGGUAGCGCAACCCCUCACCGUUUUAAUUCUUCUGAGCAGUGGAGAAAAGCACUCUCCUCAGAAGGGGAGCCUCCAGAUAAUCCAGCAGGAUGUACGUCUUCUGAACCAUGCUGGCUUCUCCGUCUCUGUGUUUCCAUCAUCGUUCUGCCCAGAGAGGAUUCCUAUUCUGACAGCGAUGCUAACUUUCCAUCCUUUUCCAGUGUUUACGAACCGUGUCCCCUUCGACUAGAAUCCUUACAGGUGUUGGCUCUUCUUGUAAAAGGUUAUUUCCCUAUGGCUCAGAGCUAUUUCCUAGAACUUGGAGAAGUGGCUUGCAGAUGCAUGGAAGAAAUGGAUCCAUCCAUUCAGCUUCAUGGAGCCAAACUUCUGGAGGAGCUGGGCACAGGGGUACUACAGCAGUACAAACCCGAUUCAGCCGUUGCCCCUGAUCAGAGAGUACCUGUCAGCAUGGCUGUAACUUUCUGGACUAUGAUGCUAAAUGGCCCUUUACCUGGCACUCUUCAGAACUCUCCACAUGCGACUCUUCAGACAAGCGCCUGUGAUGCCCUGUCUUCUAUCUUGCCAGAAGCUUUCAGCAGUCUGCAGAAUGACCAGCAGAUACUGUGCGUCACUUUGCUUCUUGGCCUGAACCACAGUGAGAACCCACUGGUAAAAGCGGCUGCCGCACGUGCGCUUGGAGUCUACAUCCUCUUCUCUUGCCUUCGGCAGGAUGUGAUGUUUGUGGCAGACACAGCAAAUGCCAUUCUGAAUUCCCUCCAUGACAAGUCUCCGAACGUCCGUGCCAAAGCAGCUUGGUCCCUGGGCAAUCUUACAGACACUCUGAUCAUCAACAUGGAAACAAUGGGACAAAGUUUUCAAGAGGAAUUUUCGGAUCUCCUCCUGUUGAAAAUGUUACGGUCUGCGACUGAAGCAUCCAAGGACAGAGACAAGGUAAAGAGUAAUGCAGUCCGGGCCCUUGGGAAUGUGCUUCAUUUCCUUCAACCAUAUCACAUAGCGAACCCCAGGUUUAGGGAAGCCAUUGAGGAAUCUCUUCAGGCCCUUAUUUCUACUGUUCAGAGUGAGGCCACUAUGAAAGUGCGCUGGAAUGCUUGUUACGCACUGGGGAAUGUAUUUAAGAACCCUGCCUUGCCACUCGGAGAGGCUCCUUGGACCACGCAAGCAUAUAGUGCACUUUCCUCAGUAGUGAAGUCCUGCAAGAAUUUUAAAGUCCGAAUCAAAUCAGCCAUGGCCCUCUCCAUCCCUAGCAAGAGAGAAUGCUAUGGCUCCACUGAGCAGUUCUGCCAAAUCUGGAGUGCCUUGGUGAUAGCCUUGCAGAAGAGUGAAGACACCGAGGACUUUCUGGAAUUCAAGUACAGUGCCAGCCUCAGGACACAGAUCUGCCAGGCUCUGCUUCAUUUGUUAAGUCUGGCAAGGAGCACAGACUUGCCAGUCAUUUGGGAAACCAUAACAGAAAAUGGGGAUGCAAUCAAAUCCUAUGUGUUGCAAUAUCUGAAAUCGGGAGUUGAAGAAAAUGAAGCAGGAAUGCACACAGACUUGUACGAGAGGGAGAGAGUAUUAAAAGGAGCUAUCGAACAUCUCGGUGGGAUAGAGAAACAGCUGGAAGGCAAAGCUAGGGUAAGAGUGUCUGCUUAUCUAGAAGAUGUCUUGACAAACCAUGCCAAUGCCACUGAAUUAACAGAGGCUUAGAAAGGAGCACCUGUUUCAGUGACCAAUGACUUACACUACUGACUGGACCCAGAGAAGAAACACUGCUUUCAUUUACAUGGGGCAUCCAAAAGAAAAGUUUCUUGUUGUUGGUAUUUGUCCUGGUUUCAGCUGGGAUAGAGUU